AUUUCACAUUGGCCACACUGUUCUGAGAAGUCUAAUAACCAAGUCGUCAUCUUGAUACGUUUUCUGCAAGUCGUUUACAAUUUUGUCGUGAUAGAGUUUUUUGGUGUAUUAGACAGUGCUUAACCUUGUUGAUUUAAAAUGCCUGCUGGAGGAGCGUUAUUUGGGAGCUCUGCUACACGCUCUCAAAAUAAAAAUUUGGUUGAAUUUAAGGCCGGAAAAAUGACCAUGAAAGGUAAAAUGGUUCACCCUGACAAAAGGAAGGGAUUGGUCUAUGUUUAUCAAUCAGAGGAUUCACUGAUGCAUUUUUGCUGGAAGGACAGAACUAGUGGAACGGUAGAAGAUGAUCUAAUAAUCUUCCCAGACGAUUGUGAGUUCAAGAAAGUCGCCCAGUGUACCACUGGCCGAGUUUAUGUUCUGAAGUUCAAGUCCUCCAACAGAAAGUUCUUCUUCUGGCUCCAGGAGCCAAAGACUGACAAGGAUGAGGAUAAUGCUCGCAAGAUCAACGAGGUUCUUAAUAACCCACCGACCCCUGGCUCACAGAGAAGCGGGGGAGCUACUCCAGAUGAGAACCUGCAGAACCUGCUACAGAACAUGUCCCAGCAGCAACUGAUGCAGCUGUUCGGUGGUGUGGGGCAGAUGGGUGGCCUCUCUAGCCUCCUUGGCACUAUCAGUCGACCAUCAACAAGCCAAGGCCGGCCCUCGUCUACGACUGGAGGCUCCAGCUCCAGCAGUGCUACUACUGCAGCACCAAAGCCAGCUGCUGCCCCCGCCCCCUCACCCCCUCGUGCCAAGCCUCCAGCCGCUUCUGCAGCAGAGACACCAGCCCAAAACCCAAUCCAGUUGAGUGACUUGCAGAACUUCCUGUCCGGUCUGGGUGUCGCCGGGACUCCCGGUUCUUCAGCACCUCAAAAUGUGGACUUGUCUUCUGCCAUAAACACGGAGACACUAUCAGCUGUAGUCAAUAACCCAGCUGUGGUAGAAGAGUUGCAGCAACAUUUGCCUUCGACUGGUGGAGAAGCUAGUCAGCAGGAACAUCUGCGAUCCACACUGGCCUCUCCACAGUUCCAGCAGGCGGUGAGUUUGUUCAGCACGGCUCUGCAGUCUGGGCAGUUGGGGCCGAUAGUGUCACAAUUUGAGGUGGGACCCGAGGCAGUAAGUGCAGCUAACCAAGGUAAUAUGGAGGACUUUGUGAAGGCUCUGCAGAACACAAGCAUCAACACGAGUGGCAGUGAUCCGUCGCAGCCGGAGAAGCGCAGGAAGACUGAGGAUAAGAAGAAGGAUGAUGAUGAUGAGGAUAUGGCCCUGGACUAACUACACUAUCCAUGUGCUAAGACAUGCUAACUAAUCAAAGCAUAUUUUAUAUAAUAAACAAGUAGUCCUGGGUUAAAUCAGCAAGCCAAAUAAAAUUUAUUGUAUUCUGGA